GCUCCUAGCCUCACCGGAUAGAACCCCACGGACCCCACUUAGCGCAACCACCGUAAUGGCCCACGAAAACCUCACAAUCCGUAAUCUCUCCUCAACAGAAAUAAUCAUAGCCCGUGUGUCGCGCUUCCCACAACCCACGGGGCCCCGACCUGUGACGAUAAAGAACAUAACCAACAUCGGAAACCUAUCUCACAGCUUCGCGUCCUUUGUCGUGAAGACCUUCUCCAUUCCCCAUUCGGCUGAACCAUCUUCCAAUGCGAUCGCUGAGAACGCGCAAGCCUUCUCCGAGGAGGAUGUAUCGAUACGCCUACCGGCCUUUGGGAUAGUGCAGACGGAGAUCAAAAUCAACAAGGACGAGGUCGUGCGACUGGCCUUCACGGUUGGCGAGGCUAAAUUCCGCGCGGACGUGAAUUCGCAUACGCCGGCUGUGCACUCCCUGAGUCCUGGAACGGAGCAUAGGUUCAACGCGGUGUUCCACCGGAACCACAGCCACCUCGCGCUCCUAUCCAGCGCCGCGCUGGGUGGGUGGAUGGAGCGUUUGGAGGAUGAGACCCCGCUGAGCCUAAUCUCCAUCCCGGGCACACAUAAUACCCCAACGUACCACACCGCACUCCCAUCCGUUCGCUGCCAGGCUGUUGGCCCGAAGAAGCAAUUGGAAAACGGAAUCCGCUUCUUCGACAUUAGAUGCCAGGUUGACGGCCCAAACACCCUAAUCCUCGUGCACGGCGCCUUCCCAGUCUCUCUGACGGGACCUAAGAACCUGAGCGAGGUUCUCAAAGCUGCAUACUCAUUCUUGGAUGGAAAUCCGCACGAGUGCAUCAUCAUCUCGCUAAAGCGGGAAGGCCGCGGUGACGCCGAUGACGCCAAGUUUGCAAAGGUGUUGAAGGAGGGGUACAUCGACAAGGAAGCUUCACGGUGGUACUUGGAAGACAGCAUACCGACCCUCGGCCAAGUCCGUGGUAAAGCGAUCCUCUUUCGCAGAUUCACCUUGCCAAGCGAUAUACAGGAAUUCGGCAUCAACGCCGAACAUUGGGAUUAUAACACCCCGGAUUCGAAUACGCCCUCCCGUACAUGUCGUGUUCAGGACUUUUGCGAGGUGCAGGAGCCCGCUACUAUAGAUAAGAAGGUCAUCUACGUUAAGGAGCACUUGGAGCGUUCGGCGAAGCCCUUAGAACCGGAUACCACUAAACAGUUGUUUAUAAACUUUUUGUCAGCGAGCUAUUUCUGGAGGGUGGGGUGCUGGCCUGAGAAUGUUGCCGAGAAGGUUAACGUUGAAACAAAGAGACAUCUGGCUAUCGAUCACGUCGCCGGGAAGGACCGCGGCGAUGGAAGCACCGGUGUUGUGGUCUGUGAUUACGUUGGCGAGGAUGAGGAUUGGGAGUUGGUUAGGUUGAUUGUCACCAUGAAUGGGUGGAUCAGCAAGUCGGGGUGAUUGGCUAGUCCGAGGGGGGUAUUCCGGGGAUUCCCUGUCACGAUAUCAUGUUAUGCCCUGCGGCUACACCCUUUAGUUCAACAGCUGAUAGAUGAAGGAUGGGUUGCGAUGAAUCAGAGUAAACCACAC